GUUUUCAUACUGUGUGGAUAUGAGUGAUCAGAAGUCCUCACAGGAAGAGAAGCACAAACUCAGCAGAGCCUCCUCAAAGUUCAAAGAAUCUGCAAGAAGUAUGCAGUCUGAUGACUACUUUGCCAGAAAAUUUAAAGCUCUGAAUGGUAACAUGGGCCCCCCUCUUCCUUUAAGUGCAACUAGCAAAGGUGAAAAUAACAGUCCUGCUAAUGGUACCCCAGCUGUGCCUAAAAUGGGUGUCCGAGCCAGAGUAUCGGAAUGGCCACCUAAAAAAGAUUGUGUCAAGGAACUAAGCAAAGCUACAUGGGAUAGUAGGCCUCAAACCAGUUACGAGAGCGUUGGAUCAGUGAAUGGUGACCAGUGUGAAGGGCAGCAAAAAGAACACCUUGAUUUAGAAUUUGCAGAGUCCAAGUAUACGUUAGGAGACAUUUUUGUCCAUUCUCCGCAUAGGGGACUUCACCCAAUAAGGCAAAGAAGCAACAGUGAUGUUACAAUCAGUGAUAUUGAUACUGAGGAUGUACUGGAUCAGAAUGCUGUCAAUCCAAACACAGGAGCCUCACUUCAUCGGGAAUAUGGAAGCACUUCAUCAAUUGACCGACAAGGCUUGUCUGGAGAGAACUUUUUUGCAAUGCUCCGAGGCUAUAGAGUGGAAAACUUUGAACAUAAAACACAUGUACCAUUUGGAUUUUCUGAAUUUUUUCACUGCGACCCAGCAAUUUCUCCAAGUCUCCAUGCUGCAGCACAGAUUUCGAGAGGAGAAUUUGUCAGAAUUUCUGGACUGGACUACAUGGAUAGUGCCCUGCUGAUUGGUAGAGAUCGGGAUAAACCUUUCAAAUGGAGGUUGAAGUCUGAAUGUGUAGAAACAUCUCUUUUUAGAAAACUGAGGACUGCUAAAAGUGAACAUGAAACUCUUAAAUUCCCAUCUGAGUUAGAGGAUAAGGGGCUUGAGAAGCAUGUUCAUCCUUGGAAUUGUCAGAAAUGUUUUGCACAUUAUGAUGUUCAGAGCAUUUUGUUUAACAUUAACGAAGCAAUGGUUACCAGGAUAAAUGUGGGGAAAAGAAAAAAUAUAACCACUGGAGCUUCAGCUGCAUCUCAAACCCCAGUGGCAGCAGGCCAGAUUGGAAGCUGUGAAUCUCCUUUGGGAAGUAAAGAGGAUCUAAAUUCAAAAGAGAACCUAGAUGCUGAUGAAGGUGAUGGAAAAAGUAAUGACCUAGUACUGAGUUGUUCUUAUUUCCGGAAUGAAACUGGUGGGGAAGGUGAUAGGCGGAUUGCGCUUUCUAGGGCAAAUUCAGCAUCUUUUUCUUCAGGCGAAAGUUGCUCCUUUGAGUCUUCCCUAAGUUCUCACUGCACAAAUGCUGGUGUUUCUGUACUGGAAGUACCUAGGGAGAAUCAGCCAAUUCACAGGGAGAAAGUAAAACGGUAUAUCAUCGAACAUAUUGAUCUUGGUGCAUAUUACUAUAGAAAGUUCUUCUAUGGAAGAGAGCAUCAAAACUACUUUGGAACGGAUGAAAAUUUAGGACCAGUAGCAGUCAGCAUCCGAAGGGAAAAGUUUGAAGAUGCAAAGGAGAAAGAAGGUUCACAAUACAACUACCGUGUAGUAUUCAGAACAAGCGAGCUUACAACACUGAGAGGAGCAAUUUUAGAAGAUGCUAUUCCCUCGACUGCUAGACAUGGCACAGCACGAGGCCUGCCUCUUAAGGAAGUAUUGGAAUAUGUAAUACCAGAACUGAGCAUUCAGUGCCUGAGGCAAGCUUCCAACUCACCCAAAGUCUCUGAACAGCUGCUUAAACUGGAUGAACAAGGGCUGAGUUUCCAGCACAAGAUUGGGAUCCUGUAUUGCAAAGCAGGCCAAAGCACAGAGGAAGAGAUGUAUAACAAUGAGACAGCAGGACCUGCUUUUGAAGAAUUCCUUGAUCUCCUUGGUCAGAGAGUACGGCUGAAAGGCUUUAAUAAAUACAGAGCUCAACUAGAUAAUAAAACUGAUUCAACUGGAACUCAUUCCCUUUACACUACCUACAAAGAUUAUGAAAUAAUGUUUCAUGUGUCAACUAUGCUUCCCUAUAUGCCAAGCAAUAGGCAACAGCUUCUAAGGAAAAGGCAUAUAGGAAAUGACAUUGUUACCAUUGUCUUCCAAGAGCCUGGAGCACUUCCUUUUACUCCAAAAAAUAUCCGUUCUCAUUUUCAACAUGUGUUUGUCAUUGUUAAAGUCCACAAUCCUUGCACAGAAAAUGUGUGCUAUAGUGUUGGAGUUUCAAGAUCAAAAGAUGUCCCACCAUUUGGGCCACCAAUCCCCAAAGGAGUUACUUUCCCCAAAUCAGCAGUCUUCCGGGACUUUCUUUUAGCCAAAGUUAUUAAUGCAGAAAAUGCAGCACACAAAUCAGAAAAAUUUCGAGCCAUGGCCACCAGAACACGCCAAGAAUAUUUGAAAGACCUUGCAGAAAAUUUUGUUACUACAGCAACGGUAGACACAUCCGUCAAAUUUAGUUUUAUUACACUGGGAGCAAAGAAAAAAGAGCGAGUAAAACCAAGAAAGGAUGCCCACUUAUUCAGUGUUGGAGCAGUGAUAUGGAAUGUUAUAACACGGGAUUUUGGUCAGUCUCUUGACAUUGAAUGUCUCCUUGGUAUCUCAAAUGAGUUUAUUGUGUUGAUUGAAAAGGAAUCAAAGAAUGUUGUGUUCAACUGCUCCUGUAGAGAUGUUAUUGGAUGGACGUCUGGGUUAAUGAGUGUUAAAAUCUUUUAUGAAAGAGGAGAAUGCAUUCUUCUGUCUGCACUUGAUAACUGUGCUGAUGACAUCAGAGAAAUGGUUCAAAGACUAGAAAUAGUUACCAGAGGAUGUGAAACAGCAGAAAUGACCCUGAGGAGAAAUGGCUUGGGACAGCUUGGAUUUCAUGUUAAUUUUGAAGGGAUUGUAGCAGACGUGGAGCCAUUUGGUUAUGCAUGGAAGUCAGGCUUACGUCAAGGCAGUCGACUAGUGGAAAUCUGUAAAGUGGCUGUAGCGACCCUCACUCAUGAACAAAUGAUUGAUCUGUUGCGCACUUCUAUGACUGUAAAGGUGGUGAUUAUUCAGCCACAUGAGGAUGGGUCACCUAGAAGGGGUUGCUCAGAACUUUGUCGAAUCCCCAUCCUUAGAAUUGCAUUCGAACUCCCUGUCAAUCAAGGGGUUCUAAGCUCACCAAGCAACCAGUCAUCCUCCAGUGACCCAGGACCAAGUGGGAGUAGUCAGUGGAGGCACCAAGUGGGAUAUGAUGGGUGCCAGUCCCCUUUACUUCAUGAGCAUCAAGGUUCAGGUCCACUGGAGAAUGAAGGAGGCAGAGAACAUGAAGAAUCUUUGGAAGGGGCCAGACAUCCCAGUGAAAUCAAGUGGCAUGCACCAUCUACCAAAGUCUUGAGUUCCUAUAAAGACCGGGCUUUACAGAAAGAAAACAGUGGCAAGGAUUCACCAAACAAAUUUUCUCAUAUUGGAGACAAAAACUGUUCCAGCCACUCCAGCAGUAAUACUCUGUCCAGUAACACGUCUAGCAACAGCGAUGACAAGCAUUUUGGCUCUGGAGACCUAAUGGAUACCGACAUGCUUGGAUUAACUUAUAGCAAAGGGGCUUCUACUGACAGUGGAAUUGAUACUGCUCCCUGUAUGCCCGCCCCAAUUUUGGCUCCUUUGCACCUGGCUGGAAGCCGGUCCGGGAUACAUGGUCGUACUGAUCAGUGGGCCGAAUCUUCUGAAACUACUGGACCAGAUGACGAUCAAACAAAAAUGUAUACUGUUCACAGCUAUGCUUCUGCUAUUUCUAGCAGUCAUACGGGUGAUGGAAGCAUGGGAGACCUCAGUGAGAUAUCUUCACAUUCCAGUGGGUCACAUCAUUCAGGAAGUCCAUCAGCACAUGGUAUCAAAAACAGUGGAUCUUUAGAUACCUCCAAAGUGUACAUAGUGUCUCAAAAUAGUAGUCAACAAAUAUCUGGCUCAAUAGCAAAAUGCUAUCCUAGACAAGGAGCAGUAAGCAAAUAUGUCAUUGGCUGGAAAAAGUCAGAAGGUAGUCCUACACCUGAGGAAUCUGAAUCUUCUGAAUCUCAAGAAUUAUAUAAUGAAGUUGUUAGGCUGUCUUCAGGUCAGCUUCAGGGCUCAGUAAGGAAUACAACUCCUGAAAGCCAGCAAGUUUUGUCCAAAGAAGAGUUUCUGAAGCUGAUGUUGCCAGAGAGCAUCUCUGUGGAAGAGGGCAGACGAAAGUUUUCAUUUUAUGGCAACUUAUCACCAAGAAGAACACUCUAUCGCACUCUUUCUGAUGAGAGCAUAUGUAGCAAUCGGAGAGGAUCUUCAUAUGCUAGUUCGCGAAGUUCAGUGCUUGACCAAGCCUUACCAAAUGAUAUUUUGUUCAGCACUACCCCACCAUAUCACAGUACCUUACCUCCUAGAACAAGCUUAUCAACUGGUAUUGGAAACCUAAGACAUGAGUUUUGGUACUCAGAUGGAUCCUUAUCUGACAAGUCAAGAUUCAAUGAUCCUGGCCUGAUGCCCCUUCCAGACACAGCCACAGGCCUAGACUGGUCUAACUUGGUAGAUGCCGCCCAAGCAUUUGAAGAUUUUGACUCUGACGAAGAACUUGGGCCAGUCUGUCAUCACACUUCGUUUCUAGAUCAAAGGGUGGCAUCUUUUUGCACCCUGAAUGACAUACAGCAUGUGCAAGGUUUGGAGAAUAAUCAAGACUUACCUUUGAGUGCAAGUCCAACAAACGGAAAAGAUUUCAUUGAUACUACUGGGGAAGAUAGCCCUACCGCAUUGACUGGAAAAGUAAACCAGCUGGAAGUCAUCCUCCGACAAUUGCAAACAGAUCUUCGGAAGGAAAAACAAGACAAAGCUGUUCUCCAAGCUGAAGUUCAGCAUUUGAGACAAGAUAACAUGAGACUUCAGGAAGAAUCGCAAACAGCAGCUGCUCAACUAAGAAAAUUUACGGAAUGGUUUUUCAAUACUAUUGACAAGAAAUCCUAAUAUCCAAGUUUCUGAAAAGCAUUAUUGGAACCACAUAAUACCAGUAGUUUUGAAUUAGCCUAAGAUUAUUACGCUGUGUUCACAACCCAUUUUACAUGUUUCUAGUAUAAUCUCUGUCCAGCCGUAUUCAUUGGAACAAGGCUGUGGACCACUACUAACAGUCUCCAUGUUUAUCUGAAGGAAACAGAAUGAACGGCAGACACUUGUGUUUGUGAAAAUGAAUGUACAAUUCCUGGUGUCAUUUUAGACAUUUUAGAAUAUACUUCUGGCUUGGGCUUGCCUGGAGAAGAACUUGUUGGGUUUAUGUUCUGCCUUUCAGGUACUCCAGUGAAGAUGCUAAAACAAACAUGGUCAUUAGGGUUUCAGUAUUGUAAGAUAAAAGAAAACUAGACUUUAAUGUUGAAAGGUGCUCUAUUUUUUUGUAUGUACAGUAGAUUAUUUCCACAAUCACAUUGUCAUAGCAAUAAGAAAGGAAGUAGAAUUAAAUAGUCACAAAACUGUGUUUAUAAAAAUUAGCACUGAUGAUUUAACACUAGUGUGGAUACGAAAACAUUAGGGAUUAUUUAUUUGCAGUAAAAAUGGUGCCUGAAUUUAACCAGUGUUCUGAUUUUUCUAAAGAUACAUGUCUUGUACAUAGCUCACUUGAUCAGCUCACUCCAACUUCAGUUACCUUUGUAUAGUUCAUGUUCAGCUAAGAUGGUUAUAGAGAGCUUAACUAUUAAAAUCAUGUAAGUUGUGAGCCAGUAAAACAUUUGUAUAAUGCAAGAUUCAUUUAUCUUUGUACAGAACCUUGGAGCAAAGUGACUUGUAUUUAACACCCCUUAUUUAAGCUUAUUUAACCUGUUAAUUUUAUAAAGCUUUUGUUUUAUCUGCACUAUGGUGAGGGCAGUGGGUUGCAAGCUGCAAUGUGUUUUUAGCUUGCCAAAACUUCACUGCAGAGUUCUAGAAAAUUCUAACAAUUGGAUGCUGCUAGUACACAAUUUGUGUUUGUAUGCUUUAACAUUUUAACUGUUUCAUUUGAAAUGAACAUACAUUUUGCUUUUUUAAUAAAUGUUAAAAAUAUCAA